AUGGCCGAGUGUACGGACGGAAAAAAUUUGGAAACUCAACUCAAAAAGGUUGCUUUGGCAUCCGCAUGCACACUGACGGGACCAUUAGGAUUUGCAAUUGAGUCCUCACCCAGCGACGAAGGUUCAGUCGUUUUGCUUACUUUUGUAGUUGCAUAGGUUGAUGUCACCUCUAGCGUAAUGCGUUUAUAACACUCCACUUUCGCUUAGACUGUGAGACGUUAGAGGACAAAGUAAGGAGAGUCAGGCAGGACACGAGUGUAUACAAAUGGGAUGUAAAAGAAGACGAAUAA